AUGACAGACCACGCAUGCACCUUCUCCACCCCCCACGAAAUCCACCUCUCCCGCACCACAGCCGCCCUAAAAACCCUCCUCAAAUACUACGACCAAACCACCGGUCUCUUCAGCACAACCGGGUGGUGGAACAGCGCCAACGCCAUCACCGUCCUGGCAGAUUUCGCCAUCAUCUCCCCCUCCCUAAACACCAUCCUCAUCCCGCUCUUCUCCAACACGCUCACGCAGGCCCCGAAAUCCCCGCACGGCUUCCCCGGCUUCCUCAACGACUUCUACGACGACGAGGGCUGGUGGGCUCUCGCUUUCCUCCGCAUCUACGACGUCACGAACGAAGACGAGUAUCUUGAAAUUGCGAUGGCGAUUUUUGAGGAUAUGACGACGGGGUGGGGCGGGCCGUGUGGUGGGGUUUGGUGGAAUAAGCGGAAGGAGUAUACGGGGGCGGUUGAGAAUGAGGUUUUUUUGGCGACGGCGGCGGGGUUGGCGAAUAGGACUGCGAAGGGGGAAAAGGGGGAGGAGGAAGGGGGGAAGAAGAGGGGUUAUUAUAAGGAGUGGGCGGUGAAGCAGUGGAAGUGGUUUCAAGGGACGGGUAUGAUUAAUGCGAAGUUUAAUGUUAACAAUGGGAUUGAUGCUGCGAAUUGCAAGAAUGAUGGUGGGCAGGUGUGGACGUAUAACCAGGGCGUUAUUCUCGGCGCGCUGGUGGAAUUGAAUGUCGCGUUGCCGGACGAGGAGUACCUGGAUACGGCGGAGAAGAUAGCAAUGGCUGCACUUGAGAAGAUGACGGAUCAGGAGGGCAUUCUGCAUGAGCCUAAUGAACCAGAUGUUGGGGCUGAUGGAGCGCAGUUCAAGGGCAUCUUUACCGAGGAAGGAGUUUGGCGAGUUUGUGGCGAGGAAUGCCGAGAGUGUCUGGCGGAAUCGGGGGAGGGUGAUGACUUGGGUGUGGUGUGGUCCGCGAAGACAGAGGAGGCGACGGCUGCGACGCAGAGUUCGGCUUGUGAGGCGCUGGUUGCUGCUUUGGCUGUUGUGGCUGGCGAUGGUGUCUCUGUUGUAUGA